UCCAACGAGAUACAACCUAGAGGGUUUAAAGGGGUUUAUGAGAAACUCCCCGGACUCGAACGAACAUUCAAGAACUGUGAGCAAAGUAGCAGAGCAAUGGAGUUUCCUUCUUCUUCCUCCUCCUCGAUCUUCUCUCCCCGCGCAUCAGACGACACCGUUUUCUACUCCAUAUACCCUCACUCGACCACCACCACAACAACCAGCACCCUCCAAUCCCUCCACCUGGAAAUCCUGGAAACAGUGUCACCCUUCACCACUGAUUACAUAUGGCAACACCAACCCUUCACUCUCUCCAUAUCCGCUCCCCCAAACCCCUCAUGCCCAUGCCCCUCCUCCUCCAACCUCCACCACCUCCACGGCCACCUCCGCUACGGCGACAACCUCGACGACGAAUGGUUCACAGUCUUCCUCCUCUUCCACAUCUCCAUCAACUUCCCCUCUCUCUCCCUCCGCGUCUGGGACUCCGACGGCGACUUCCUCCUCAUCGAAGCCGCAUUCCACCUCCCUCGCUGGCUCAACCCCAACACCUCCCUCAACCGCAUCUUCCUCCGCUCCGGUAACCUCCACAUCGUCCCUAAAACCCUCCUUCCUUCCCCUUCCCUCCUCGAUUCUCUCAAAUUCAUCGCCGAUUCCCCCUCCCUAUCCCUCGCCCCUGACCCUGUCCAACGCGCCAUUAAGAACCGCAUAAAGGAUUACCCUGAAAAGGCGCGGAAGAACAUGCAUAGGGUUCGGGUUAGGGUUCCCGUGUCGGUGGCGCAGGUUUUGAAGCACGAGCCGUGCUUUAUUUCCCUGGCAGUGGAGGGGUUCUACGACAGGGACGUGGACACAAUGAAGUUCGCGGCCAGGAUGGAGAGGUUCUUGGAGAGGGGAAGGAGCGAGGAGCUAGUGAUUGUUUCGGUGAAGAUGUCGAGGGCCAUGUACGCGCAGCUUGUGCAGCAAGCUUUUCAGGCUCCGAAGUGUUACCCGGAGAUUCCGAGUCGGAGCGAGAGAGAGGCGUACGUGGAGGCGGAGUUGGGGAUGAAGAUAGCUUGUGGGUUGGAGAUGAUGUAUCAGCAGAGGAAGCGUGAUGGGAUGGAUGGGAAAGGGAGCACUUGGGAAGCGUUUAAGAAGAGCUUGGAGAGCAGUGGCUACUUCCAAGGUUUGCUGCCGGGUUCUUCUGAGUAUCAGAGAUUGAUGCAGAAUGCUGAAGAGUAUUAUAGGAACACUUCUCUGCACUCCAGCGCCAGUGAGUUAAUGAAUGCUCCUGUAAGACGCAUAGAUGAAAUUCUCGCUUUGCCUCAUUCAGCGGAUGAUUUUAAGGGUCAGGAGGUUCCUCCUUCUGAUGAUGAUUCCUGGCUCUACGAUGGGGAGGAAGAGUUGAACUCUGCUCUUAUGGAAAGACAAAAGGAGAUGGACCUUUAUGACUUAAAACACCAAAAGAAAGGGAAAGCGAAAGAGGGUGAUAAUACUGGUGUAUCGUCUGGUUCCAAUGCUGGUGAGUUUGAUCCUGUUGAUAUAGCAAAGACCAUGCAGGCAUUUGUCCAUAAGUUGUCAAGUUACGAGGGUGCUGAAGCUCCUGAAGACAGGAAUAAGGAAGUGAACCUGGACGUGGAUCAAUUUAUUAAAGACAUGGAAUCAAUAAUGAAACCUCCGGGUGGUGAAGUUGCCAAUGGUAAUAUUGAGGAAGGAUCUUCAUCUGACCUGGACUUCGAUGAUUCUGAUGAGAGUGAUAUGGCUGAAUCUGCUGAGGAUAAUGAAGAUGGAGAGGAUACUUUCAUGCAGUCCUAUUCUGAUGCUAUGAAUGAAGAAAUAAAUGCAACCACCCUUCAGAAAAGUUUUGUCCGUGCUAAUGAACAAAUUUCGAAGAAGGAUGAGGGAACAUCAAGUGCAUCCAGAUAUGUGGAUGAGGAAUUUUCUCCUGUAGAUAUGGAUGUAAAUUUAGUCAAAAGCUUUCUUGAUUCCUUUUCUUCCCAACAAGGUCUUCCUGGUCCUGCUUCAAAUUUGCUUGGUCUUAUGGGUGUACAAUUGCCAAAAGAUGCCAGCAAGGGCAAGUGAAGAUAGUGAAAUAUUUAUCUUCGUUUUCUUAGUUUUGGGAUUCUCCUUUGGUUUAGUCUUUAGAUGACAUGUUCCACCUGUUUAGUGAGAUCAUUAUUCCAUGGAGGGUAGACACCUGCUUAACAGAGGGCAUAUGGAAUGCUUACAGAUCAUGACAUAACUGGACCUUGUUUUGGCACUCGAUUUGUAUAGGAGCGUGUUAUUUCCUUGCCUUGAGAGAAAAGCAAGAUAACUUUCGUCUGUAGGUACAAGUGGCAAGAUAGGUCUAGGAAAUUGGGUUAAUUGGAUAACUAUUAUAUAGCGAAUCAAUUUGUAACCAAAAAUUAUUGCCAUUAUAUUGGGUUUUUUUGAGGCGAUUACGGUUAUAUAGUUCUCACGGGUUUAUGUUGAGUUUGUAUCAUCCACUGUGUUACCGAUU